AUGCCGAAGUCAAGGCAAAAGGAAAAAUUUCUGUUUCUGAAGCAUAUUCUUGAAGAAUCGAGCAGCGAAAUGGAAAAUGAUGGAGGGAAAGAUACAGACAAAGCUUCUUCAAAGAAUGAUAAAAGUGAUAAAAAAGAAUCAGAGAAAUCAAGAAAGGAAAGCAGUGGUCCUGUUGGAAAAUAUCCCGUGUUGUUCAGGAAAGUUUGCAAGAACAAGGGAUGUCAAACAAGACUCUCUGCCUUUCCACUAUUUCCCCUACCCGAAGAAACAGAAUGGAUAAGUGAAGACGAAGCAGAGGGGAAGAAAUCGAAAGCUCUGAAAAAGAGAAAUAAGAGAAAUAAAUCUGUGAAAGACUCAAACAAACAGUCUGUGCAAUCUGAUGAGGAUUACCGCGAAUCUGCAAAGGUGGACAGUAAAGUGAAAAAUUCAGAUGGUACAAGGAAGAACUUUAGAUCCGAACAUCAGCUAGAAGAGACUGAUAAUCCGGUUUUGCAGGCUUGGCUUCAUAAGAAGGUUAUUGUGGCCCGAAAGCAGAGAAAAGUUGAGCGAAAGGAGAGGCGAGCGAAAAAGGCUGCACUGGAAGAGGAAGCUAGAAUAAAAGCUGAAAGAGAAGUAGAGUGUAAUGAAAAAGUGGGAGAAUGGUUCAAAAGAAAGCGCAAAGAGUCAAGAAUGUUAUGGAGGAAAAACCGCACCAGGGUUGGGCCACAAAAUUUGGACGCCACUCUGAAUGGAGGCUCAUCCCCACAGCCACCCCCUGAGUACAGGGUUGUUAGGAGCUUUAAGUGUACUGAGCCCUCCCCUGUGAUAGAUAAGACUGUUGGGGACAACACAAAUGAAAGCAACACAAAGGAUAUAGAAAAUGUAUUGUCAAAAACACCAAUUGCCUCUUGCAAAAAUGGUACGGAUAAGCUUGACAUUCAGAAGACUGAUGAUAAAACAGAUCAAACUGGCAAUAGUUGUGAAAGUCAAGUAAAUAAUGUGAGAAAAGCAAAGCAUCGACCAAAGACUGCUAUCAACCACAGUGAAACUAUGUCAUCUCCACGACCUAAAACAGCAACAAAAAGACCAAAGACUGCAACAGAGAAGACAGCAAAAAAAACAUCAGCCACGCCAGCAAGUGAUUCAACCAAGAAAAUGCAGUCGCUAAGCUAUGAUGAAUGGUUGAAAGUCAAAAGAGGUGAAGACAAAGACAAGGACAUUCAGAAAAAACGAGAGUUGAUUGAUGCUCACUUAGAAGCUGUUAUAAAGGAACUGGGAAAGAAGCGGGUGGAAAAAAUAAUGUCUCCAAGGAAACAGGUUGAUACAGGCUUGAAGAGGGAUUCACGCUUGACAGAACCUGUUGGGCCAUUGGCCGGCUCAAAAACAAAGAAAAGCAGUCAAUACAGAUGGAUAUCGAGUAAAAAGCCCAGACCUGAACCACAGGGAUGUGACUAUCCAGAAACUCAGGGAACUGACAAGGCUGCAACAUCAUGUAAUCAACUUAUAGAUAAACACAGUUAUGCAAAAGGUGGAGGUUCAACAGCUCCUGUCAAUCAUGAUCAUAGUACUGCUGAGACUUGCAAACAACCCAAUAAAGUUCAAAUCUGCCGUGAAAUUGAUGAAAAGUAUAAUGAGCUUAAGCCAUCAAUUGAAAAAGUCAAAGACAUACUUGAUGCAGAGAUAAAGAAGUUAAAAGAAUCAAGAGAUAGUUCUGCAAAUGAGCUGGACCAGUCUAGUGUUCAACAGGUAGGACAUACACAUAGAGCUAGACCAAAAUCUGCACGGCCUUCGUCUGCUAGACCAACUACAGCUAAGUCAUGUUCUUCUUCAAAGGCUGGUAAUGAAUAUUUGACAGAUGGGCAAGCUAAAAAGAUUGCAUCAGAUCUUGAUGUCCUUGGUUUGUGCAAUGAUGAUGAUGAUGAUGAUGAUGCAGGAAAGGAGAGUGGUAGUUCAGAGGCUGAAGCUGACAAACAUGAUAUAAGAACAACUGUAAGGGAGAACUAUUUUGACUAUGGAAGCGAGGUAGACCUACCAACUCUAGAAACACCUGAGGUUGUUCAGUGA